UCCUCUAUCCCCUCCACCUCACUGCUCUCGCUGGCGCUCUAAUCACCAUACCCACACCUCUCUCUCUCUCUCUCUUCUUCGCCAUCAGGAUAUAAUUAUUAAUACCCUCAUCCUCUCUCUCCGUUUUCAUGCACAACCAUGAUGAGCUUUUGUAAGAGUAAGGUCCACUCCUUUCUGGGUUUCGCCAAUCAUGGCUGCACCGACAAGGAUCCGCCCUACUCCUCCCGCUGCUGCCGGAAUAUUCCCUCUCCUGCCGCCUGCAGCGCCGGACUGAGUUUUCUUACCGCUGCAUCACACGAGAGUACUCCAGUCGAAUCCGCAGCCUCCUCGCCGCUGACGCCGAAGCGAGACCCCGGCGGAAUCGGGUUUAUCGACGAGGUCGGCGGCGGCGUCGACGGGUUGAUGUCGUGCACGGAGAGCUUGGGGUUCGAGAGCUCCGACGAGAGGGGCGUCGACGAUCAGAUUGAAGAGAUGAGUAACGGAGAAACAACGGGGGCGGCUCCGGAGGAAGCUAGUUGUAAAUGGAGGAAGACGAAUAUGAAGCGAGAGGUGAAGAGGUUUCCGCCGCCGUUGCCGUCGCUGGACCGUAAUGGGCAGCCGAGCUUCUUUCUGCUGCCGGUGAGGAAGGACGGAAGGUUAGAGCUCAUUGAGGUGAGAGUCAGCCGGCCGGAAAUUUUACGCGCGUCUCGGGAAGACGGCCGAUUGAAAUUGCAUCUCAUCAGAGGUGUAGAUGAAGAAGAGGAGGAAGUUACAGAAGAGGAGAGAGAAGAAGAUGUUGACGAAGAAGAUAAAAGUAGCGAAAUCGUGUUCCCGGCCGGGGUGGGUGGCGGCGAGGUACGACGGAGUUGCGGGCCGGGGCACGGCUGCGGCUGCGGCGGCGGCGGCCUCAACCACCCGAACGGGAGCAGUGAGCCCUGCCACCACCACCACAUGCACGUGUGGAGGCAGCAUUGUGUGACGACUACAUGAAGUUGGAUGACAAUGUCACAUGCGAAGGGUCACGUGCAGAUAGAGUUUCUUCUUCUUCUUCUUCUUUUUAAUUUAAUUAUUUAUAAAUAAGUUUGGCAUUAUAAAUUGAGAGAAAGAUGAUCAGAGCGUUUCUCAGAUUUACAAAUUUUGUAAAAACUCUAGACAAAUUCUUUUCUCUCUCUCUCUCUCUCUCUCUCUCUCUCUCUCUCUCUCUCUCUCUCUCUCUCUCUCUCUCUCUUUUAAAUUUUUUUAUUUGAGGUUUUGCCCUUUUAUAUUUUUGUAAAAACUAAUGAAGUAAAAUUACUUUAUAAUUA